CCCAAAAUAAAACUCACGCAUUAUUGAGUGACAGCCCAUAAAUACACGUACUUUCUCUCACUACUGAGUAAACUUUCUGGAAAAGGAGAACCCAUUUUAGAGAGAGAAACUGAUAUGCAAAUGCUCUGUAAAGCUUCUUCUGCUGUCGCCUCCUUUCCUUGUUCCAGGGUGAGGAGUGGACAGUGUUUGUGGCCAGGCAUGAGACAGCUUUGCCUUAGGAAGGGUCUUGUGUAUGGCUUUAUGCGGUUUUUAUCAACACCCUUCAAAACCUUGCGUGGAGCAAGUCGGUCUCUUAGGGUUGCAGAGUUUUGCAGUGUUUCAAACAUGUCUUCCUCUUUACAAAUUGAACUGGUACCAUGUCUCAGAGACAAUUAUGCAUAUCUUUUACAUGAUGCGGACACAGGCACUGUUGGAGUUGUUGAUCCUUCAGAAGCUGUGCCAAUUAUUGAUGCUUUGAGUCGGAAAAACUGGAAUUUGACUUAUAUAUUGAAUACCCACCACCAUCAUGAUCACACUGGUGGGAACGCAGUGUUAAAAGCAAGAUAUGGUGCAAAGGUGAUUGGUUCAGGAAUAGACAAAGAUAGGAUUCCUGGAAUCGAUAUUGUUCUAAAAGAUGGGGACAAGUGGAUGUUUGCAGGUCAUGAGGUGCGCGUUAUUGAAACUCCUGGCCAUACCCGAGGCCAUAUUAGCUUCUAUUUUACGGGUUCUGGAGCAAUAUUUACUGGAGACACUUUAUUCAGCUUAUCAUGUGGCAAGCUUUUUGAAGGAACUCCAGAGCAGAUGCAUUCUUCCCUUCAGAGGAUCAUGUCUUUGCCUGAUGGUACAAAUGUAUAUUGUGGUCAUGAAUAUACUUUGAGUAAUUCAAAAUUUGCAUUAUCUAUAGAACCCAAGAACGAGGCGCUUAGGUCGUAUGCGGCCCAUGUAGCUCAACUUCGCAAUAAAGGAUUGCCUACGAUUCCGACUACGUUAAAGACAGAGAAGGCAUGCAAUCCCUUCCUUCGGACGUCAAGUACAGAAAUCCGGCAGGCAUUAGAUAUUCCAGCCACCAUGAAUGAAGCAGAAGCCUUGGGUGUCAUCCGUCGAGCAAAGGACAAUUUCUAGGAUUACUUUUGGGGUUAAUACAAAAAUUGGUCCCCGAAUGCAAUCCGGUAAAUCCGAUCCCUCAACAUAUAUUAUUUUAGCUACGAAUGAGUUAGUUCUGUUACAUAAAAUACUGAUGUGACAUAAUUGAUCAAUAUUAAAUUGUGAUUUUAGUAUUAGUUGAUCAUGUCACGUUAGUAUUUUAUGUUUUGUUUUUUAAGUGUAUAGUUUAGGGAUCAAUUUACGGAAUACCCUUUAGUUAUACUCGGUUCCUCUUUGUGUAUAGGUUAUGUAAUAAAAAUCUUUGAAUGUUUAGCAUGUCAAUUCACUUUCUUAAAACCCAAUUUCAUUCUUUA